GUCACGGAUGGAGAUUUAAGCAGAAGAUCACCAUCUCAUGGCCUGGAGCCUCUGGGACCAUUCGAGCAGACAGAGAGCCUGUUAGAUGCCCUCAGACAGGUUCCAGACAGACGGUGUGUGACGGCACCAUGUGGAGAUCACUCGCGCUCCUACAUACAUCUGAAGUCCACAACCAACCUGGCUUAUUCAAAACAACUCAUGCAAACUCCUCAUAUUACAGGGGCUGAGACAGAGGAGCCAGUUAAAUCAGGUCCGGAGCGCUGCCUCCUCUCCUCUGUCUCGGAGGAACUGCAGGACUGGGAACCACAAACAUUCCAGAGCAUUGAGGAGGAAGUGACAUCACUCGACCCGUCCCAAUCAGGAAUCCUCCAUCAGUCGGUCCUUACAUACCUCUUCCUCAGACUGAAGAUCCCUCUGAAGCUCAGCACACUGGCCUGCAUGUUCAGAUCCUUCAGGAACACCAGCGACCCGGAGCAGGUGCAAUAUAAAGAAUUGCUGCAGUUCAUGCAGAGAGCUGUGCAAGAUGAGACAGAGCAAAGUGUUGAGGUCGAGAUCUGGGAUGCGUCAGUGGCCAGUACUGACCUGGAAUCAGUGAUCAGUGUGACUGCAGACCGAAGAGAAACGUGGCUUCAGAGGUUCCAGAAGAUGGAGAUGGCCUUAAAAAUGAGUGACACCAAAAACACAGGUUAUGUGGACAGAGGUCAAGCCAAACGUCUGAUACUGAACUACAGCCUCAUCUUUGAUCUGAAUCUGAGUCCACUGAAGAUCAAUGAAAUCACACGUAACACUCAGCGAGAGAGCAAAGUUCACCUCGCCUCAGCUCUGCAGCAGCUGAAGGAACUAUAAACCUCUUGACCCUUUUCUUAAAUCUAUGCACAUACUACAG